AUGGCUUAUUGGCAGCAUGUGGAAGGCCUUGUGCAACAUUCAUCCAAGUACUUCAGAACCAAAAAGAUUGGACUGGUGCAUUUGAGAUUUCUGUCCAUUAAGUCCCCGGAAAUGUCUCCUCAGGAAGAGCUUUCGCCUACUGAAUGGUAUGAAAAGGCCUAUCUGAAGCUAAAGAAAUUAUCCGGAUUGUUAAAAGGUAUUGACUUGAUUGAUGGAAGGUUAUUUAGUGUUAGUGAUAAUUCAAGAGUCUUUGAUGAUAAGCUUGAAGUGAAAAUGCUUGCUUUUAAGUUACUUUCUAGGGAAUUUAUUGGUUGUCCAACCGUGCAAGAAGCGAUUAGGAAGAAUGGAGUGGCUAGGUUUGGUGAUGGUUUGCCGAUUUUCUUUGGUAAGCCCUGUGAAAGGGGACCUCUCACUUUGAAUUCGCUUACUAGAGUUGCCAACAUUUUGAAUGUUUCGGCUCAACAGAGGAAGUUGGUCAGGCUCAAAAUACUGCCACAGGUAACUGAGCAUAAGAUAUGGACUGGUGCACUGGAAGAGAUACUCAAUGAUCUGAGAACCGAGAUUGAUUAUCAAAUUAAGAAGCACCCGAGCAAAGAAACUAAAAUGGCACAGCAGGUGGUUGCCAGUUGUCUGAAGCAUAUUAACAUUGCGAUAUCUUAUGAUCUCGAGUCCACUUCAUGGAUGCGCCUUGCACCUUCCAAAGGUGCAAAGGCAGAUAGCAGAAAUCACAAAUGGGAGGAAGUCCUUGAGAUGUUCGUUGACCUUAUUAACUGCUUGAGUGAUAGGAAGGAGUAUGUUUCGCAUGUAACGAAGCUUGAGAUCAUGAAGGAAGGUCUUUAUCAAAUUCGGGAUGUUCUAAUGGACAAAAACAUUGGGUACAAAGAGACUCGGCACCAUGAAAAUCUGGUGCAAAAGAAGCUCAUCAAGACAUUGGGUCACUCAUCACGGUGUCUUUACUCGCUGCUGCUGUAUUAUCUGUAUGGGAGCGUUCGUGAUAUUGAGGUGGAAGUAAGCGGAGGGUUUUAUCCCGCUGAAGGCAAAAAUGUGUUUUACCUGUGUAUGGGUAAAUUUUUGACAUCAGAUGAAGAAACUGUGAUAUUGGGGGCAAUGAAACAGCUUGAUAGAGCUCUUGGUCUAUUCAAAUUUGUUUGGGAGACGGCAGAAAUGAAAGGAGAACUGAAGGUACAAGGGCAUUUGUGGUGUAUUGGGGCGGAGAUCAGAUUCCUUACUUAUAAAGGAAAUCCAUUCUUAUUGCAUGGUAUACAUUAG